AAAAUCUAAAAUAUUCAGUUCUUAUUCUCAACGACAGAGAACUAGAAGAGCGUGAGUGAGAGAAAAAAAAGAAAAAAAAACUCAAAUUUCACACAGAAAAAUUGUAGAUUUCUACCAAGAAAUCUGAUUUUGUGAAGUCAAAAUUUGCAUAUAAAUGGUGGAAUUUUUGUGAAUUAAAGGCUGAAUUAUAUAAAUCAAUCAUUUUUUCUAAUCUAAACCUAACCACUAGUGAUGGUUGUUACUGUAAGUAAGUGUUGUUUUCAGUGACUUAUGUUCUUCUAAUUUGUCGGUGUCAACGGUGUAGAUCUGGAAAUUGUAUAUGUUCUUCUCGAUUUACUGUUUCCUGCUUCUCGAUGCCGUCGGGAUUAUUUACUGUUUCUAAAGUGCAAUUGAAGAAGGUGCAAUGGGUAGUACUAGAGUGCUUGAUUGUAUUAUCGUGUAUGACAUUUGAUAUAGAUGCUGAAUUACCUAAUUAUUUGGUGGAAUCGCCUUUGUUAUCACCUGCACAUUCACCAUUUCUUAAUCGGGCUAUUCCUGAACUUCCGUUGCCUGUCGACAUUCUUCCACACUCUGGUCAUCGGUCUCAUAGGAAGCGUUUUACGCCGCAUGGUGCACCGUUGCCUGUGCUUGUACCAGCUGAAGCUCCAGGAUUUGGUUCAUUAACAACAUCAGGUCAUGCUCCAUCAAGUCCACGGUUGGCGCGGCCGUUAAUGAGAAAAAUUCCAUUCCCUGAUCCUAAUUCUAAAUUUCCACCUCACCACCGCUUGGUUGGCAUCGCACCUGCUAACUCUAAUGGUGGGUCAAUUCCUUCUGGUUUUGCUCAUCCACCAAUUUCUCCUCGUAACUCUGACUGUUGUCAACAAGACAUGGUGCUAAAACGGGGGAGUAAGGGUUGCCACUGUGUUUAUCCUAUAAAGAUUGAUCUUCUCCUUCUGAAUGUUACAACUAGUUCAAAGUGGAGUCCCGUUCUAGAAGAAUUAGCUUCUCAGCUUGGAUUACGAGUUUCUCAGUUUGAGCUUAUCAACUUUUAUGUGCUUGGCCUAACAAGAAUAAAUAUUUCAAUGGACAUUACUCCACACACGGGAAUCAGUUUUUCUCGCAAAGAUGUGAAACAAGUAAAUUCAUCGCUUGCUUUGCAUAGGAUUCAUUUUGAUCCUCAGCUGGUGGGUGACUACAAACUCCUUAAUCUGACCUGGUUUAAACCCCCUGAUCCAUCCCAUGCUCCCGCUCCCCUAUCUCAUGUGAAUGCUCCACCUCUUCUACCUCCACAUAAUGGCCAAAGUGGUGCUCCUAAUAGAAGUAAAAGUAAAAAAGUGGCUAUUGGUCUUGGUAUUGGUGCUGGUCUACUGAUCAUCAUUCUUGUAGCAAUGCUGAUAACUUGUUCAUGCAUGUCUUGUAGAGGAAAGAAGAAAUCUCCCACCAGUGAAACUGAAAAGCCAAGGUCAUGGCCGAUAGAUCCUGUUCCUGGCGGAGAUUCUCUUCCCCAUCCUACCAGUACACGGUUUCUUGCGUUCGAAGAACUUAAAGAAGCAACUAAUAACUUCGAAUCUGCUAGUGUGCUCGGAGAAGGCGGGUUUGGCAAGGUAUUCAAGGGUAUGUUAAGUGAUGGUACAGCGGUUGCCAUUAAGAAGCUUAGUACUGGAGGACAACAAGGUGAUAAAGAGUUCCUGGUUGAGGUUGAGAUGCUUAGCAGGCUACAUCACCGUAACCUAGUAAAACUUGUGGGUUACUAUAGCAAUCCUGGUGCUUCACAAAAUCUUCUUUGUUACGAGCUUGUCCCAAAUGGAAGCUUAGAGGCCUGGCUCCAUGGUCCCCUGGGAUUAAAUUGUGCUUUGGACUGGGAAUCUAGAAUGAAGAUCGCCCUAGAUGCUGCGAGGGGACUUGCAUACUUACACGAGGACUCACAGCCUUGUGUCAUCCAUCGGGAUUUCAAGGCAUCCAAUAUUUUACUCGAAAACAACUUCCAUGCUAAAGUUUCAGAUUUUGGCCUUGCCAAACUGGCACCAGAAGGUCGCCAAACACAUCUGUCUACGCGCGUGAUGGGCACAUUUGGGUAUGUUGCUCCAGAAUAUGCCAUGACUGGUCAUCUUCUAGUAAAGAGUGAUGUAUAUAGCUAUGGAGUUGUCUUACUGGAGUUGCUGACUGGAAGAAGGCCUGUAGAUAUGUCACAACCCUCGGGCCAGGAGAAUCUCGUAACAUGGGCGAGGCCAAUCUUAAGAGAUAAAGAGCGGUUAGAGGAGAUUGCUGAUCCAAGGCUAGGAGGAAAGUACUCCAAGGAUGAUUUCAUUCGUGUUUGCACAGUCGCAGCAGCUUGUGUUGCUCCGGAGGCAAAUCAACGACCCACUAUGGGGGAAGUGGUGCAGUCACUUAAAAUGGUACAACGUAAUACAGAGUAUCAAGAUACCAUUUCGACAACCUCAAAUGCUCGUCCCAGUCACAAGCAGUCCUCCACAACCUAUGAGUCAGAAGAUGGGACUUCUUCUAUGUUUUCUUCUGGCCCUUUCUCUGGUCUAAGCACUUUUGAUAAUGACUUAAUCUCUAGAACCGCAGUUUUUUCAGAAGAUCUUCAUGAAGGAAGGUGAGAAGUUCAAGAACUCAUGAGCUUGAAAUCAACAAGAAGUUUCAGGAUUUUUACUCAGCAGAGACCCCACUUUUCAUUUCCCCCCCAGGUAGCUUGCAGUCAGUUUUCUCCUUGAUAGGUAUUCAUUGUAUAUUCCAUGAUAGUUGUGUUUCCAUUGUUUUCAAGGCGUUUUCGGUUUUUCAUUUUAUGUUACUAUGGGUAUAUUUAGUAUGCUGAGUUCUAUUGUGUGUACAUAUAAGUACAUGUGCACACGUAAUUUGAAUAUACAAACAAAUUGCACGUUAGUUUGUGCACGCAUUACCAAAAAUGAGUCUCACUAUUUGUUGCCG